UUUUUCCCAUUAAAGAUAUUUGAAUGUCUCUACACUUGCAUUUUUUUUUUUUUUUUUUUGCUAGAGACAAGAAAUUUUCCCGAGUCUGAGAGAAUUUCAAUUUCUCCGGAAUAUAUUUAAUGAGAGAGUUAUGCUCAAAUGUACAUUUUUUAGAUGAAUAUAUUUUUUCGAAAAUUGAACAAAAAAAUUUACUGAGUUCUUAUUGUCGCUUUUAGUCGUUUGUCUUCGUUGUAUUGGUUGUAGUCGUCGUCGUCAUUUCAAUUGAAGCAAAAAUUUAGUCAUACUGUGAGCGACGCAUUCAGUUUUAGAUUCCUUAUAAUUAUAAUCUCUCUCUAGGCUCGUAUUGUAUUCAAAAAAUUUUGUGGGGCAACCGUUUACCCAAUAAAAACAAACGUUUUAAUUUUUGUAAACUCUAAGUAAAAAAAACAAAACAAAAACACAUCAAAAUGUCAACAGUCGAUAAAGAGGAAUUGGUCCAAAAGGCAAAAUUGGCCGAACAAUCUGAAAGAUACGAUGACAUGGCUCAAGCUAUGAAAUCAGUCACAGAAACCGGUGUUGAACUGUCAAAUGAGGAAAGAAAUUUACUCUCAGUUGCCUACAAAAAUGUUGUUGGUGCCCGCAGAUCAUCGUGGAGAGUAAUUUCCUCCAUUGAGCAGAAAACCGAAGCCUCCGCCAGAAAACAACAGCUCGCCCGCGAGUACAGAGAACGUGUAGAGAAGGAACUUAGGGAAAUCUGUUAUGAAGUUUUGGGUCUUCUUGACAAAUACCUUAUUCCCAAAGCCAGCAAUCCAGAAAGUAAGGUUUUCUAUCUAAAAAUGAAGGGAGAUUAUUACAGGUAUUUAGCUGAGGUAGCCACAGGAGAUGCACGCAACACCGUGGUUGAGGAUUCGAAAAAGGCUUAUCAGGAGGCUUUCGAUAUAGCCAAAAACAAAAUGCAGCCUACACAUCCCAUCAGAUUAGGUCUUGCUCUCAACUUUUCCGUCUUCUAUUAUGAAAUUAUCAAUUCACCAGCGCGGGCUUGUCAUUUAGCUAAACAGGCUUUCGAUGAUGCGAUAGCUGAACUCGACACCCUUAAUGAGGACUCAUACAAGGACUCAACACUCAUUAUGCAAUUGUUGAGAGACAACCUUACCCUCUGGACUUCAGACACCCAAGGUGAUGGUGAUGAACCACAAGAAGGUGGUGACAACUAACAACCAAACUAAAUUGUUUCCUUUUUAAUGACUAUGAAAUAUUAAAAACAACAACAACAAGAACAUUUAAAAACAAAAACAAAAUAUUUUUAAACAAAAAAAAAAAAAACAAGAAAAUCCAAAAAAUUCAGCAGUAAAAACAAAAACAUAUUUUAAUUAAACAAAAGUAAAAACAAAACCUAAAUUAUAAAUAAAAGAAAAGCAUAAAGAACUUUUAAUAAAACCAACAACAACAACAACAGCUAAGAAACAAAACCAAUAGUCUUGGAUCUUCUACAACAACAAUAAUAAUAAAAUACAUGGUCAAUAUUUAUUAACAACAGCAACAGCAGGAAUAACUUUUGGAGCUAAGCAAACAGAGAGCAGGUUGUUUCCCCCCUUAAACAAACAAAAUAAAAAUGUGUUAUUUAAAAGGCUUAUGGCAGGGGGAGGUGGGGGAUGGUAAGAACAAGGCCACAAGGUUUAGUUAAAGAAAUUAGAAAAAUUUGAAACAAAUAGGAAACGCAAAAACAAAUCUUUAAAAUUCCUAAAAUCUAUUUAUAAAAUUUCUAAAUUCUUUACUUUUUUUUGUUGGUUUUUUGCUUUUACUAAUACAACAACUUCCCCCCGUCAGCCUUUUUAGUUUUGUUAAAAUAAAUUUUUUCUACCUUUAAUAAAAUGUAUAACAACA